UCCAAUCAUAUAAAUCACAGUUUCAAAAUUUACCAAAAUCUUGCUCAUUCAUUUCCUCUCCAUUGCGAAAAUCCCGAUACACACUUCUCACCUUCUUCCAAUUGCCAAAUUCCCUCUCUCUCUCAAGCUAAAUGCAAAAAUCUAUAAGCAGAACUCUCCUCGGCUUAUCAGUAUGCGUUCCUCUACUCAUCGGCGCACUGCUGCUCGGCGGAACCCUGGAUUACAAAUCGCAAUUCCUCAAUUUCAUCCCUCAGCUCAGUUAUGCCUCGCCGUGCGGAGCCGGAUCGCCGCCGCUCCGAGUCUUCAUGUACGAUCUGCCGCCGCGAUUCAAUGUCGGAUUGAUGGACCCUAACUUCUCCGACGCCGCUCCUGUCACCGCCCGGAACAUCCCCGCCUGGAGGUGGAACGACGGACUCCGGCGGCAGCACAGUGUGGAGUACUGGAUGAUGGCGUCGCUUCUCUACGACGGGGAUGGGGAAUCGGAGUCGACCACGGAGGCCGUUCGGGUUAUGGACCCCGAUUUGGCUGACGUCUUCUUCGUGCCGUUUUUCUCGUCUCUUAGCUUCAAUGUUCAUGUUCGGAAUAUGGCGGAGAUCGAUACUGUGGAUGAGAAAUUGCAGCUGGAGAUGGUAAAUAUAUUGAGAGAAUCAGAUUACUGGAAGAGGUCUGAUGGACGAGAUCAUGUGAUUCCCAUGCAUCAUCCAAAUGCUUUCAGACAUUAUCGUGAUCUGCUCAAUGCCUCGAUAUUCAUAGUUGCUGAUUUUGGGCGCAUAAUGAACAUUUCCACUCUGACAAAAGAUGUUGUUGCACCCUAUCCACACAUGGUAGAAUCAUAUAGUAGCGAAGACCAUCAAGAUCCAUACAAGUCUCGUGAGACACUUCUUUUCUUCCGCGGAAGGACCCAUAGAAAAGAUGAAGGAAUAAUUCGUGCACAACUUUACAAGGCACUGAAGGGAACAAAGGAUGUCAUUUAUGAGGAGGCUCAUGCAUCAGAAGAAGGCUUCAAAGCGUCUGCUGAUCAUAUGCGUUCAUCAAAGUUUUGUCUCCAUCCUGCGGGUGACACUCCAUCUUCAUGUCGUCUAUUUGAUGCUAUUGUCAGCCACUGCGUUCCCGUCAUUGUGAGUGACAGAAUUGAGCUACCUUACGAAAGUGAAAUAGACUACAAGGAGUUCUCCAUUUUCAUCUCAGUAGAUGAAGCGCUUAAACCCGGUUACUUGGUCAAUGAGCUCAGGAGCGUUUCACCAGAGAAAUGGACAAACAUGUGGUUGCGACUCAAAGAUAUUUCACACCACUUUGAAUUUCAGUAUCCUCCCAAGAACGAAGACGCGGUCAAUAUGAUUUGGAGACAGGUGAAGGCGAAAGUUCCCACGGUUAAGCUUGCAGUGCAUCGGAGUAGGAGGCUGAAAAUACCCGACUGGUGGAGAUAACACUGAGAAGCAUGUUCUUAUAUCUUUGUACAUUCAUAUUCAUUCUUUUUGGCACAGAAGUGCAAUAAGGUGUAACGGGUUUUCACGGCCAUCACUGGAAACGCUAAACAGGAAAUGCGCAGUCAAUCAUUUGCGCUGCGUACCCUGCUGGCGAAUGAGUUGUAUAGUUGCUGAGUUUCUAUGUUGCAGGAUGUGUUCGUGUAGCGAAGGUAUGCAGUGUUGUAUGUUAAUAUUGAGAAAGUAGGCCUUGAAUUUGGGCAGGGAGAAGAGAUGAUUUAACUGCAGAUUGUAAAGAUGUUGAUUUUCGUGUGACUUGUAAUUCGUACUCCGUCUCAUAAUAGAUGUCACAUUUUCUUUGUCCUAUAAAA